AUGGACGAUGGAACGACGUUGCCGAAGAGGACCUCAGUCACGUGGGACCCGGGCUUAUCCUCGGAUUUGGGGUCCGCCGCCCGAUCAACUGGCAGUUCCUGGGCCAAAUUAUUUCCGCGCGAUAAGUUCGGCGGCCGCCUGGACACGACCGCCGGAGUCGGUCCGCAGGUCUCCUUCCUGCGGCCGCGGACCGCGCAGACGCCGGUGCUCUUCAGCAUAAUGAAUUGCAGUGAAGCAUCAACGAAAAAAUUUUUACCCAAGAGCAAUUUAUCUCGGGUGAUUAUUCGUGACAACCUCAGUGCCCAACGAAUCUAUGAGAUGGAGGUAAAAGCUACAGACAAGACCAAGAAAAAGAUGAGCCAUUUGUAUGAUCACCUGAAAAAAAAGUUCAUGACGGACCAGCUCAGAAAGCUGGGGCGCUGGAAACGGGAAUCCAUGAACAUCCAGCACUACUUGGAUAGCAUCCGAAUGUACGAGACCCAGUUGAAACUCCAGUCUGCCAGGAAAAACCAGCCACCUUAGUGCUGGCAGAAUCAUCUUCCCCAGGGUCACAAUGAUACUAGUCUGAGCAAAGGAAAAGCAGAAACUAGCCAGCCUACACCAUCAUAGGACAAUAAACCAAGACCAGCGGAUAGUGGAGCACAAAAAAUUCCUCAGCAGUCCUGAUUUUCCUUCCCCUGCCCAUUCCCUCUAUUCUGGUGAAAAUGAUCCUGAUAGUCUUUUAGUUCCUGUAGAAAAGACUG